GGCCAUCGUUCUGGGGGAGGGCGUGUCGAAGGAUUCGGGCCGGCCGGGCGGCGGUGAGUGGCGGUAUCAGGAUGGCUCCGGCGGUGGACAGGCCCGGGUACUGGGGAGCUCCGAGCUCCACGCUGGAGUGGUGUGAGGAGAACUAUGCCGUGUCCUUCUACAUCGCCGAGUUCUGGAACACGGUCAGUAACCUGAUUAUGAUUAUACCUCCGUUAUAUGGAGCAGUGCGGACCGUACAGGAUGGUCAUGAAACCAGAUACUUAGUUGCCUAUCUGGGUCUAGCAGCUGUGGGAAUGGGAUCCUGGUGCUUCCACAUGACGCUGCAAUACGAAAUGCAGCUGCUGGAUGAAUUGCCCAUGAUCUACAGCUGCAGUGUCUUCGUCUACUGCCUAUUUGAAUGUUUCAAGCACAGAAAUUCAUAUAAUUAUGUGUUGCUAGUUCUGUUAGGACUUUUCAGUUUAACGGUAACACUAGUUUACCUAAAAUGGAAGGAACCUGUAUUCCACCAGGUUAUGUACGGCGUGCUGGUGACUUUCCUGGUCCUCCGAUCUGUGUAUAUAGUUACCUGGGUCUAUCCCUGGCUCCGAGGUCUGGCUUACACCUCCUUAGGAGUAUUUUUAAUGGGAUUCCUACUUUGGAACGUUGACAACAUCUUUUGUGACACCUGGAGGAGUGUACGGCAGAAGAUGCCCCCGGUCGUUGGGGCUGUGACACAGUUCCAUGCCUGGUGGCACAUACUGACUGGACUGGGUUCCUAUCUGCACAUUUUAUUUAGUUUGUACACUCGAACUCUCUUCCUGAAGUAUCGACCAAAAGUGAAGUUCGUGUUCGGCAUGUGGCCGGUGCUGAUGGUGGAGACUUCCAAGAAACACUGACGAAAGCGCGAUGGAAGAACUGCGCACAAACAUUCCAGACCGUUUCCUGGCAGAGCGUAACACAAGGACACCCUAUCUCCAGCGUUCUAUGCAUUGAUUAUGGACAUUACAUAUAUGCACCUAUGUAUAGCUACAAAUACACGUGUGUGCAUACUUCUGACCGUGUGCGCACGCCUUUUAUACCAAGGUAUAUAACUGUUGGUUGCACUGGAACUGCCAGUUAUAGAAGGAAAGAACUUUAUGAA